AUGUCUUCCCCUAGUACGGUGCCACUAUCGACGCAUCUCCAAUACCUCUCCCAAUGCCUCGAACUAGCUUCCCAGUCGCCUCCUAAACCGACCAACUUCCGCGUGGGCGCCAUCCUCCUCCUCCGUCUCUAUCCCACCAGGGUCAACCCAGAGCUCAAAGAAACGAUACUCUCAACAGGGUACACUCUAGAGCUACGCGGAAAUACGCACGCAGAACAGUGUUGUUUUGCAAAACUUGCCUCCCAUUACGGCGUGCCGGAGGAAGAAGUUGGGAAAGUUCUGGAACAAAAACGUAAGGAGGAAGGCGGGGAAGCUCAGAUGGAGCUAUAUGUUACCAUGGAACCUUGUGGGAAAAGGCUUUCAGACAAUAAGCCGUGUGUGGACCGUAUCAUUGAGACAAGAAAAGAUGGGAAAUGUGGUAUUGACAGGAUAUAUUUCGGUGUGAAGGAGCCUGGGACGUUUGUCGGCCAGUCCCAGGGGUGUAAGAAGCUUGACGAAGCUGGUGUUCAAUGGAACCUUAUCGAGGGAAUGGAAGAUGAAAUAUUAAAGGUUGCGACGGCUGGGCAUGAGAAGAAAGAGAAAAGUAGCUCAUGGGUAGAUAAAGCAGAUCAGACUGUUUUGGUUGACAGGGCGGAAGAGGAAGCACGUAGGGGAGAGCCCAUUCCAAGAAAUCCCAAGAAGAGGAUGAUGGAGGGCUAG